ACCAUACGCGUGCGCCCGUGAGGGGCAGAGAAAUUAAACCAAAACCAACUGACGUAAUUUGGUCGGGUUCAUUGUUCCCCACUAUAACAACGGUAGACAACAAAAAGCGUCUACGUCACUUAGGAGUUUUUAGAAGUAGGCAGAAAUGAAAAGUAAGACUAAUAGCAUAACAAGGACAAACAAUAAUAGCGCUUUCUCUGCUACUCCUUCUGAAAGUUCCAUAAAUCCAUAAAACCAUCCCGAACGGUCAUUACCCCCCACCUCCAACGUCUAAUCCAUUUAUAUACUAUAUUCAUGCUUUUUCUACAGACAAAUUGAUUUGCCAGGGUAAAAUUUGAAUUCCUUUUUUUCACAGAGGUAGGAUCACUCUUUUCAUAACCAACUAGUUCAUUAUUGAACCUCCUCGCACCCACCGGCAUCCAAAAGAAAACAAACGUCAAUCAGUCAAACGUCACCCCGGCAAACGUCAUCCAACAAAAAUGGCAUGCAGGCAUGAAUCGGCCUUUUGUGUACGACAUCCAUGACGACAGCCGGCCGAGCCUGUGGUCGCGGACGAGCACUACGUUGAACAAGUGGCUGUGGGUCGCGCUGUGCUGCGGCGUGCCUGGGAUACCAUGCUAUUUUUGUAAUUGCUGCGUGAGGAUUGAUCAUAACAGGGAUCGGGAAAGGACUAGAGUGCAUCGUAAGUUUGAGUCAACGGGCACAGCGGCGGAGCGUAUAGCGCGACCGCACCGGCCUCACGCACCCGGCGGCCGCAAGUCCACCCCAGAGAUGCUUAGCGCCGUGCGCUGCGCGCUCUCACAACUACAAGGUGAGCCGGCUCCGCCUCUGCCCGGCAAAGAUUCUUCAGAGAGCGGCAAGCGGGAUGCAAAGGCCGAUGCCGUUCUACAGCAGUGAGGUUACAUUCUUCUAAUUAACAUAGAAAAAGCUUAAAAAAUUGCAUAAAGUAACGCUUUGUAAUGCAACUUUGACAUCUGAAGACGACGUUUUGAGGUUACAGGACACGUAGCCAAGCCUAUUGAAAAGUAAAGAAUGUGUUGAAAGGAU